AUGUAUCUCCAAAUAACUAAAAACGAAACAAAUGUUCUCCUUCGAACAACCGUCGAAAGAUUCAGAUGCCACCGUCGCAUUUUGGAAGGAACCCAUUUGAUUAUCUGUCACAAAUUGAUCAGUGGCUGUAACAAAAAUAGAAAGAUCGAUAUAGAUGAAGUAUCUUCACCAAUAAAUUUCUAUUACGACGAUAAUCAAGAUUUGUUCCUGACUGACUUUGAUGAGGAAGAGAAAGUUCUAGAACUCCCAAUACAUCUUAUUGCAAUUGGGGAAGAAGUCGUGAAAAUCUAUUUCCAAGGAUACCUAUUGAAUAUUCAGAAAUCAUGCAUGCACAAAUCUGUUCUUAAUGUUGAUUUUUAUUUGAAGCGGAGUUCUAGAAUGCAGGAAGUAGAAGAACCUCGGAAGAAAAAAGCUCGGUAUGUAGAAAGCCAAAGGCCUACCGAAUCUGAAUUAUCCGAAGAGCUCGGCAUAUAUACAGACUCAGACUCUAUGCUUUCCAUUACUUCUGACAUAUCCCAGUCCUAUUCAAACUCUCCAAUCGAAACCGAUACUCAACAAUCUGAUUUGAGUUUGGAUAAUCCUACUCCAAUUCGUAAAGUGAUGCCAAUUCCCAAAAGCAAGCUGGACUCCAAAACCCAACACGAUCUUCUCAAGGACGAUGUCAAAGAUAAACUGAACCAACUAUUUGCCAGAUUCCGAUUUCCAGGAAAAGAGCAAUUGAUUGCUCCUGAAGCGCUGGAGAGCACAAAAAAUGACUGCUCCUCUGACAAAAUCUUUCAAGAAAUGGUUAAAGAGAUAAAAAAUACAUUAGGAUUAGGAGAAGAAAAUCCGAUAGUUGUCACUGAAAUAAAUGGCGGGCGGAAUAUGAAGGUCCUCUCCGGUCAUCGAAGAGUACAAGCAUACAAAACAGCUGGGUUGAACAAUAUACGAGUUACCGUUAUCAAUCCAAAAGAAGAAGCGGACUUUAGCCUUUAUCAUUUUUUCUCUAGCACUUUCAAAGGACGGGCUGAGCCUCAUCAUUACGACUAUGACCGUGUAACCCUUUUUAUUGAAAUAUGUCAAUUUGAUGAAUUAGCUGAUGCUCUUCUAGAGUUGAGAUCAUUUGUUAAACCACUAUCAGUUGCAUGCCUGAUGAACAUUUUGCGAAGAUUUAAAAUCAAUCCGAGAAGUACAUUAGAAGUGUUGAACUCCGCACAGCCUGACAUGACCGAAUCCGCAUUAAGAAAGACUAUUUCCGUUAUUCAGCCGGAUGCACGACAUUUACUCUGUAAAAAAGGUUGUCCUUCGUCCGAUGCGGAAGAAUUGCUAACACUGUUUGGAAGAAAUCCCAAUUUCCCACAUUUCGUUCGGGGAAUGGAUGUCCGAAGCAACAACAAAACCCUCGGUCUGGAAUUCAUUAAAAUGAGAUUUGAAUCGUAUCUUAAAAAAUCCGCUCAUAAAUCAGCUGAAGCUUUACACAAACCCUAUAUAUACAUUUCUGAGGAUAAUUCGAAUUGUGACUUGUUCAUCACAGACCACGAGCCGUACUUGGAUUCCACCGAAGAGGGAGUAGCGCUAUUAAUAGGAAAACAUUCAAUUGGGGCUACGCAUCACACAAUCGUGUUAAACGAUGAGUCCAGUUGGAAAGACGAAGAAGGAGGUCAGUUUGUGUGA